CCAUUUCCAUUUCCAUUGCGUGGAUGAAAAGCCAUUCCCUCAUCCACCAACGAGCACCGACCUCUCUCUCUCUCUCCCCCCCUAAGAUUAUAUAUUAUUAUUCCAGGCCACUUGUUUUAUGCUAUGCGAAAUAAAAGGAAACAAAUUAUUAAUAUCCAUCCCCCAUCCCUUUUCAAUUUCUCAAUUAUAUAAUUAACUAGUCGAAUUAUGCUCGGUAUAGAAAUUCGCAAACAUCUACCUAAUUAAAUCCGGAUCCCCAUUCCCUAUUCCCCUCACAUGCGUCACACCCGACACCCGGCACCCGGCACCCGGCUAUGUUGGAUUUUGGAUUCUCAUUUAUUUUGGGAGGCCUCAAUCUCAUCCUCCUCCAAACUCUUAAUCUUAUUACUUAUACACUCUAAAUCCUAAAACUAAUUAUGCAAUUUGGGUUCCCCUCUUUUUAAAUUUUUGGACAGACGAUUGAAUUUGUCGGCCAUCUUUCGAGUUGUCUCUUCUCUUCCUUCCUUCACAUCCCGACGACGUGCUGCCCUGCACUGCCCCUGCGCCUCACCGAUUCUCUUCUCUGAUAUAUAUAUAUAUACACAUAGUUGAAGCUUGUUGGUAAUUGGUAUUGAAAAUAAGGGGGCUGUGUUGUUGUUGUUAGCAUGGAAGGAGAGUGGUGCGGCACGAGUUCGGCGGGCGAGAAGCGGAAGCAGCGGCGGCAGGAGAAGCCGUACAGAGGGAUACGGAUGAGGAAGUGGGGGAAGUGGGUGGCCGAAAUCAGAGAACCCAACAAGAGGUCUCGCAUUUGGCUGGGUUCCUACACCACCCCCGUCGCCGCCGCCAGAGCCUACGACACCGCCGUCUUCUACCUCCGUGGCCCCUCCGCCCGCCUCAACUUUCCCGAAUUGAUCUUCCACGACAUGGACGAUCACCACCUCCCCGACGUCUCCCCUUCUUCAAUCCGCAAAAGAGCCAUAGAGGUCGGCGCCAGAGUCGACGCCCACCAAACUUCUCUCUCCCAAUCCAAACCCAUUUCCGACAAGCCCGAUUUGAACCAGUUUCCGCACCCCGAAACCUCAGACGAAGAUUGACGACUCACCACCACUGUUCCAUACAUUCCUCUCUCAAGUCUCAACACAGGGGAUCAUCGGGAUCAUAUACAAAACAAACUAAAUCAAAAUCAAAACGGUUCCCCUCUUCUUGAUUUGCUAUCUGAUAUCGUGAGAUAUAGGCCUCGAAUUUGUAACAGAGAACACAUGUUAAAAGGAUAGUAAAGCUUGUGAUUGAAUC